AUGGACCCUUUUUACCAGCGCUCGAUUUUCCAGCAUGGCAUACCAUUACUGGCCCUUGCCACAUUUGUUAUUUCCGUCACAUUCGUAGUUGUCGUCUUCAAGCUGGUAGUCCUGAACAAUGGAGAUGAGCGCGCAGUAAAAUUCAUAAUACCUAUCCCAGAGCAAUGCUCUCCAACUUGGAAAGGUGAGACCUUGAAAUUUCCAAGUGUGAAGGGCAAAAGAUGCACAAAAGCUUUGGGCGAAGACUACAUGGACGCAGAGGAGGAAGGUGUUGAAGACCCUACUGAAGUGAGAGCUCAUGGGGAUCACAGCGAACAGCAGCUUGUGCUAAUCGAUCGCUCACGAAGAUAUGUCCUCGAGAAUCAAGAGUCUAUUACAACUGUAGCCUGUCUAGACUCUGGAAAAACCAAAAUAGACGCCUCAUUGGGGGAGAUACUCGUGACGACUGAAAAGUUGAAAUGGACUAUCCAGCAUGGAGAGAAGGCAUUGAGCCCGGAAAAGAGACCACUGAACUUUCUUAUGAUGUACAAGCAUAAUGAGGUCAGAUGGGAGCCAUUGGGCGUUGUCACCGCUUGCGUUAGCUGGAACUAUCCCUUCCAUAACUUCAUCUCGCCGUUCAUAUCAACGCUCUUCACUGGCUCAGCCUUGAUUUUGAAAGCCUCCGAGAAUACAGCAUGGAGCACACAACAUUUCGCACAAAUAGCCAGAGGGGCUCUCAAAGCCUGCGGUCAUUCUCCAGACCUCAUCCAACCCAUUGUGUGCUGGCCACAGAAUGCCAACCAUCUCACUUCCCACCCAGACAUUGCUCACAUCACAUUCAUCGGCUCUCGCCCCGUCGCUCACCAUGUGGCAAGCUCAGCCGCAAAAUCUUUGACACCCCUCUGCGUUGAAUUAGGAGGCAAGGACUCCGCUGUAAUUCUUGAUGACAUCAAAGACGUCUCCAAAGUCGCUAGCAUACUCCUCCGAGGGACUUUUCAAUCGGCCGGCCAGAAUUGUAUCGGCAUUGAGCGCAUCAUCUGUUUGCCCAAUAUCUAUCCACAGUUGGUAUCCGUUCUCGAGCGACGUAUUCGCAACCUUCGCGUCGACACCUCUCUUGACGAUGAUAAUAUAGAUGUUGGUGCUAUGAUCGACUCAACUCGCUUCUCGCACCUUGAAAGCCUCAUUACCGAAGCCGUUAAUCAAGGAGCCCGAUGUCUCGUUGGUGGUCAGCGCUACCGUCAUUCCAAGUACCCUUCAGGCCAUUACUUCGCUCCCACGCUCGUCGUAGACGUUACCCCCAGCAUGAAGCUAGCACAAGAAGAAGUCUUCGCGCCAAUCUGCACGCUGAUGCGCGCCUCAUCACUUCCUGAUGCAAUCGAAAUCGCAAAUUCCACGCCCUACGCUCUUGGCGCUUCUGUCUUUGGCGCCAGUCGCUCCGAUCUCGAAACCGUGACUUCGGGUGUGCACGCGGGUAUGGUCAGCAUCAACGACUUCGGCGUUACGUACGCGGUAUCUCUGCCAUUUGGCGGGAUGAAAGGAAGUGGUUAUGGGAGAUUUGGUGGCGAAGAAGGACUGAGGGUAUUAUGUAACCAGAAGGCUGUCUGUAGAGACCGUUGGCCUGCUUGGGUGAGCACCAGUAUCCCGCCCUCGUUAGAUUAUCCAAUUAGAGGUGCGAGGAAAGGGUGGGAGACUUGUGAGGGAGUCGUGGAGCUGGGGUACGCAGAGGGAUGGAAGAGAUUAGGGGGUUUUGUUGAAGAUCAUGAGGAACGCAUAAGCCGAGAGCAAGCAGUGCCUGUUUACGUGACGACUUUGAGGGAGGAUAUUAGAGAAAUGGAGAAUCAAAGAAUGGACUUAGCUGUACAAUAG